AUGUCAGCAGUAAAGUCAGGAGCUACCCAAGUAGACAGGGAUUUUUUACAGUGUUUCUUAUUUCGCAAUAGCAUUCCUUGCGGUUUUGACUUUCACUCAUACAAGUACUGUUUGAUUUUCUGGGUACUAAAAAUACUAUCGUUUUCACUCUUACACACAGCGCUGCCGCCACUGGCUCGUAUCGUAAUCAAUAUGAUUUUUCAGAAAGAGAUGCAAGUAGAAAUACGAAUUCGGAUAUCACGGCCGCUGACGUCAAACGCAAUAUCUAUCAUAGCUGCUUCACCCUCCGUACAGGAAACAUGCGUCAAAAGAGGUAGACGGGCUUUGAUAUGAUACCUACGAAGAAGUUCUCUGCGUCUGGAUUCUUGUACAAUAAGCAUAUCGUACGCUGUAGCUGUUUUUUGUUUUCGGCGCGAAGUCUAAACCUUGUAGAUUAACGUUGUGAAUCGCAGUAGACUACCCCCAUGUGAUUGCCUUGACGGCAGUUGCAGUAUGAUUUAAACCGUUUGAGUUUCAAGCUGGAACGCGCACCGCUAGUAGCCCUAGAACCAAAAUCUCAGGAUGAUCCUGCAAACACAAACUCCUGUUAUCACCACUGGGGGAUGUAAAGCGUUCCGUGCGUAGUCGAGCUGCAUUCACUUCACAUAGAGAAAUUUCAAUUUGUAAAAUGAAUUUGAGAUGAUAAGAUCAAGAUCUUCUAAAGCUGAAAAUUAUAGCAAAAUCGAAUCGACACCGAAGAUAAAAAGAUCGGUACGCAGUAUCAAUUGGUGGCGAAUCGGUCUGUCGUAGUGACUACGACAAAGUCGUCAAGAGAUCCGGACUUCAAAAAUGACAGAAAAAGCCCUUGAUCGAUAAGAAGUACAGUAAAUUCAAAUGGCGAGGAUCAUGACUCAGAGGCAAAAUGUGACAACAGCCCGAAUCGAAGAGAAA